AUGGAUAAUGAAAAUGAUUUAGUCGAAAACAACGAAGAUGAAAUUGAACCUAAAGAACUCGCUACCUUUAAAUCACUUGGUCUAAAUGAUGUUUUAUGUGAAGCAUGUGAAAAACUUGGUUGGAAAACACCAACAAAAAUUCAAUGUGAAGCAUUACCAAUCUCUUUACAAAAUCGAGAUAUUAUUGGUUUAGCUGAAACUGGUUCUGGAAAAACUGGUGCAUUUGCAUUACCUAUAUUACAAGCAUUAUUAACAACACCACAACGUCUUUUUGCUCUUGUUUUAACACCAACACGUGAACUUGCCUAUCAAAUAAGUGAACAAUUUGAAGCAUUAGGUUCAAGUAUUGGUGUUAAAUGUGCGGUUAUUGUUGGUGGUAUGGAUAUGAUGUCUCAAUCAAUAGCAUUAGCUAAAAAGCCACAUAUUGUUAUUGCAACACCUGGUCGACUUGUUGAUCAUUUAGAAAAUACGAAAGGUUUUUCACUUCGUUCAAUACGUUAUUUAGUUAUGGAUGAAGCUGAUCGUAUAUUAAAUAUGGAUUUUGAAGUUGAUCUUGAUAAAAUUCUUAAAAUACUUCCAUCAUCAUCAACACGUUCAACCUAUUUAUAUUCAGCAACAAUGACGAAAAAAGUUGCAAAAUUACAACGUGCUUCAUUACGUGAUCCAGUUAAAGUUGAAGUAUCAGAUAAAUAUUCAACUGUUGAAAAAUUACAACAAAGUUAUUUAUUUAUACCAGCUAAAUAUAAAGAUGUUUAUUUAGUUUCACUAUUAAAUGAUAUGAGUGGAAAGUCUGUUAUUGUCUUUUCAUCAACUUGUACAACAACAUUAAGAUUAGCAUUAUUAACAAGAAAUUUAGGUUUUACAACUGUACCAUUACAUGGACAAAUGAGUCAAACCAAACGUCUUGGUGCAUUGAAUAAAUUCAAAGGCAAAGCUCGUUCAAUUCUUAUAGCUACUGAUGUUGCUAGCAGAGGUUUGGAUAUUCCACAUGUUGAUAUCGUUAUUAAUUAUGAUAUUCCAAAUCAUUCAAAAGAUUAUAUACAUCGUGUUGGUCGAACAGCUCGUGCUGGUCGUAGUGGUAAAUCGAUAACAUUUGUUACUCAAUAUGAUAUUGAAUUAUAUCAACGUAUUGAAUUUCUUAUUGGUAAACAAUUACCACAAUAUACUACACAAGAAGAUGAAGUCAUGCUUUUAUUAGAACGUGUUAAUGAAGCUGAUCGACAAGCUCGAAUACAAAUAAAAGAAAUGGAUGAUGAUAGAAAAGAUCAUCGACAAAAACGAAAAAAACAAGACAAACAAAAUGAUGAUUUCGAUGAAAAGAAAUCACCGAAUAAAAAACGAAAAAAUGAAUUUAAUGAUUCAGAAAAUGGUUUUGGUGUUAAAAAACAUUUGAAAAAAAAGAAAAAUAAAUAA